CUCCACCUUUUCAAAAUGUCUUCAUGCAAACCCAAAACUCCCCUUCUCUUUCCCCUUUCUCUUCCUCCUUGCUUUCUUCUGUUCCAUUUGUUUUUCUCUCAGUAAGAUGGAACCUCAACAACAACAGCAGCAGCUACAAGAAGACAGCAGCAGCAGCAACAGUAGCAAGGGCAGCUUUCUAUGCAGGCAAUCUAGUACAAGGUGGAUUCCCACAACUGACCAGAUAAGGAUAUUGAAAGACCUAUACUACAACAAUGGAGUCAGGUCUCCAAGUCCAGAGCAGAUACAGAGGAUUUCUGCUAGGUUGAGGCAGUACGGGAAGAUUGAAGGGAAGAACGUCUUCUACUGGUUUCAGAACCAUAAGGCUAGGGAGAGGCAGAAGAAGAGGUUUACUGUAGAUAUAGCCAUGCAGAGAGGGUGGAAACCCGAGGAUUCCAUUCCCAGCAAGUACACCUCCAUGGGGUUUUCUCCUUCUUCUUCUUCUUCUUGUUCUUCUCCACCAGGUAUGGUGGCUAUUGGGCAGAUGGGGAGCAUUGGGUAUGGAACUGUAGUCAUGGAAAAGAGCUUCAGGGAAUGCUCAAUAUCAGGUGGUGGGUACAUGGGCAGCAGCAACCUGGGAUGGAUGGGAAUAGAAACAUCUUCGACCUACCCUCGCUUCGACGCCAGAAAAUACAUGGAAACGAUGGAAACAGAAGCUCCUCACAUCGAAACGUUGCCGCUAUUUCCCAUGCAUGGACAGGACGACCCCAACGCUAGCAACAGCUUUUGCACGGGAAAGGUGGACCACUUCCCAGGUGAUUACUUUCCCGGCUGGUAUUUCGACGAUCCUGGCAAGGGUGGAACCGGGACGUCGCUCGAGCUCAGCCUCAAUUCCUACUCUGGAGAACACGACUCCACGUGACCACGCCGUUGUGGCACGUGACUCUUAAAGCUUUUUGGGUUUCAAGUAGAAGUGACAGUGGAAGAAGAAAGAGUGGUAGACCAAGAUUUUGUCCUUCUUGCCGUCUGCCUGUCUAUUCGAUGCUACACGUGUCAUUCCCUGAAAAAUAGUGGACUUUCUUUUUCUAUACUUUUUAGGCCAUCUUCUUGUUAGACACACCAACUUAUAAAUGAAUGGGGAAAGAACAAAUUCAAACCGUCCAAAUCCUGGGUCCCAUGGUGGAU